AUGUACGAAAUCAAAAAAGAAUCCCCGUGAGUUCUAAGGACUUCGCCAUUAUCUGUCCCUAUAAACGGAGGAAUAAUCAAUAUAUUUGCUAUGUGAAUAGCCACAGUUCCUCCUUCAAACCCGCUGACAAAAUUUUCGAGGACACUUUGUAUUUACAACUCCAACUUAUGCCAUAAACAGGGACUUCCGGAGGCACAGGAUGGAUUCCAUACAGAGCACGUAACUGUCCACAUUCUCUUUGCAAUAUGACAGCUGUGAGGAGCCCCCAAGAAAUACAAACAAACUUCGAAAUUAUGUUUUGCGAUCUCACACAAAGCUUUGACAUUAUGAACAGGAGUAUACUCCGGAAGAUGAAGAAAUGCGGCCGCCAAUGAAAUUCCACUCCUAUUCUGAGGCAACUCCACAACGCCUUGUAGGCCCUGGUUGUGGACAGCAAACAGACCUCAGGUACCUUUGCUCGGAAAAGUGGAUUGGAUAAAGAUUGUGCACUGGUUUCAGGCCUCCUUAGCCUCAUUCCUUCCACAAAGCAAUGGCAUCGUGAACGUUUGGGCAUUUGUACUAAGCACAAAACAAACAGGAAGCCCUUAAACAUUGUCAGACUGUACGCCUUUACAAAAUUGGUCGGGGACAAUACGCAUUGCCCUGGGUUUGCAGACAUCUGUGCACUUAAGGUCACCAUAGAUGCAGACAUGAAGCGCACUUCGAACAGUUUGGCCUCUGUCUUAGAAAACUGGGGGUUAACUGUGACCCUGGAGAAGAGUCAUGGUGAAUCAUCGGGGUCGACCAUCGAAGACAAGUAACCGACAGUAGCCAGCGCAAGACCGGAGUAUCGCCGAAAAUAGCCUUCAAUGCCAGCGUAUAUGCGAGGUUCAAAAUAGCCUUGGGCUAGAUCGCAGUCGGUAGCCAGGAAUGGGGAAGCGGACGGCAACCAUAACCCUAAUCCUAGCCUUAAACCUAACCGUAACCUCAACCUUAAACGUUAACCGUUAACUCUAACGACAACCCUAACCCUAACCGAAAUCGUAAACGUAACCGUAGCCCUUAGACAUAGCCCUAACUGUAAAACCUAACCGUUAUGCUGAAACCUAAUCAUAAACUCAAACCCUAACCGUAACCCGAAAACCUAAGCCUAGAGGCAUAACGCUAACUCGAAAAUCGGACGCCAUUAACCGGUACCCUAAUCCUAACCUCAAAUGUGCAACGGAAGCCAAAUAGGUCAGAUGUGAUUAUGUAGCCCCACAAGAAAACCCCAGUAAACAAACCCCCCAGCCACCUGUAAUACGAGGCCUGGCUACCAACUGAGAUGUAGCCUAACCUUGUUUUACGCUUCUACAGGCCUUGCGUCAACAGAAACGACAAUAUCAAUGUGACUAACUUUACUUUUGCUAUAGCUGACCGAUUGCGCAAGACAUUUGGGCUGGGUGGCAACACUGUUUACGGACAACGUAAAGACUUGGGAUGUACUCUGUAACAGUGCCGAAGAAGGUACUCUGAAGAUCGGGCUAAAUUGGCUGAAGGAAUGGGCAGAUCGUUGGCUUCUACGGUUCAGCAUCGGCAAACGUUUCCAACUCUGAGUAGAUUAGCCAGACAGUGACUACUACUUCCACAGGACAGCUUUGUGAGACGCAGAAUUUCAUAAAGAUCUCCGUGUGCUCAUGCCAGCCACCCUAAAAGCGUCCAUGCAUUGCUUGAAGGUGGCAAAAGGGCGCGUACAGCACGUCAUAAAUAAAGUCUUUGAGGAUUUUUUUGAAAACCUUUUCUCAACACUUUUGGAACGUUUGGGGACGCGCACAGCGUACGCAAUUCAGGCCUGAAGACCUUGCGCGGUAACAAUCGGGAGAUGGCACCCAAAAAAUCCGUUACCUAGAAAUAAUACCUUUAACAGUGGACUCAAACGCCUUCAGGUUCUAUCAGCAGUUGAAGGCCUGCUUUCACGCACUACUUCGACUUUACGCGACGGCCUGACCUGGGCUGGCCGAACGAACAUCACAGGAGCUUACAUGGACAAUGUUCGCUGUUACCCAACUUUCCCCAUCGUUACAUGCGUACACCUGAAUAUACGGCAUACAUUCGCAUUAGGGCAGUUUAUUACAAAACAAAAUCACUUUUAAAUAGGAUAAGUCUGCACAACAUGGGACAGGAACAGUUCCCAGACAUCUGUCAUAGACGUGAAACUGAGACCAAACCAAAGACGAUACUGUACUUUGUCUAUGUGAGCCCACACAGCUUGACCACAUACAGGGCCUCCCUCGUGGAGUUUCCUUUUCAGUCUGCCUCAGUAUGCUCAAUGGCAUUGGGGUGCCGUCCGGUGGUAGGGUCAUUGAAGUUCUUUGAGUGGUUAACAGAGAAAUGUAGAUAACCUUAUGAGGGAAGACGAUUAUACACCUUCCACUCGUCGGUUACCACUAUACUGCCUUUGGCGGCCCAUUUUGUAAUAACGUAACGGAGAGCGGGCCAAAUACGAUCAUUCACCUGUUCAGAUAAGGCUUUCCGUCGGCUAGUAUCGUACAUCCCGACCAGCUACCACCCAUAAAACCCUUAUACUACCUGUCCCGUAAGACAGGCUGCUUUGGUUAGGCGGAUUUUUUUUUGGGUGCCAUCUCCCGAUUGUUACGCCCCGGCGAUUGGCAUCAGUAGCCUGUUAAGUGCCUACUCCAUUUUCUAAAGCUGGGUGGCUACGGUGGAGUUCGAUCCCCUGCAGCAAUGUCCAUAGUGUGACUUUCUUUUGUAAGGACAGCAUUUAUAAAAGUGGGAAGAAAUUAGAUUUAGAGUGACUUUGGAAGACCAGCUGGCCCGGACGAAUAACUUCAGCACUUUCAUGAACAGCACGUCUUCUGUUGGGGUUUCGGUUUGUCUGAAUUUUCCACUGAUAUAGAGAGCAAAGUUGAGAUUGCAGAGAUUGCAGUGGUAUCCACAGACAAUAGAAGAAGGCCGACAUGGUCGAAAGACGUCAUCGUACUUCUAACUGCCGUCACUAGAGGUACAAUUCUUCACUCUGAUCAUCUCCCGAUUGUUACCCCUUGCGCAAUGAAGUGUCAAAUGUCACGAAAAAUAGCAAAUAAAGGUCACUAAGCGGUAAUGGGCUAAAACACUGUGCCUUUUGCAAUCCGUCAGACAAAACUAAACCUCCUUUUCAGUUAUAGUCAGUCGUGGAAAUCUGCUGCAAGUACGCCGAAUUGUGAACUAGUUGUAUUUUAGCCUGACCGCUGGAAGCUAGGAAUUUGCAACCGAUUUCACCCAUUAAAACUUCACAUCCAGCAGGCAUGGCUGAAUGUGCGGCAGUUUUCAUUCCCUUCUAUGGUACUCAAGCAAUGGGGUGUCCCUCCAACACGCUUUUGAUAUCCACACCGAUGGAUUGCUUCAACAGAGCCUGGUUAGUUAUGUGUCCAGAAAUAAGCCUGAACGAUGAGAGGCUGAACCUUUCCUUCAGGAUUCUUUUUGUGGGCCUUGCUUGACCUUUUCAAAUGUACUUAGCUUCUCUGUGAAUAUGCCCAUGCUUUACGUUGCGACUAAAGUGCAAAAAGGCUCAGACCUGUUUUUCCCCUAAAUAAUUGAACUGAAUAACAAAAACCACGUCAGCAUGAACCCGAAUUAUGGGAGCGCCGUCCACGCCGUGAGCGUAUGUUCUGGGUUCGGACUGGAUCGGUGGGAUGCCUAUGUAUCCCCCAAGCGUGAUUAACGCUGGUUCUUGGACUAAUCCUAUCACCACGGUUCUCAAGAAUGAACUCAUCUGACACCUCCGAAGCCCUUUAACGAUCGCCGAGUCACAAGCAAUCUGAUGAAGUCGGACAUAGUACACAACAAAGGGUGAAAGACGGAACACUAACUACAUGUACAGCCUAUGUCCUUGCAUGCGCGAAUGCCUGUUUCGCUUGCUACCACGAAACGCAUUCGUCCGUGCAAGACAUGCUCUACUCCAUAUACGACGUGUGCAACCGCGCGGAUAUUUAUUGUUGUGGUUAACGUCUCGAAGAUGGCCGAUCUCAGUCUUCGUCAUCGUCUUCGCCGCCGCCGCCGCCGCCGCCGCCGCCGCCGCCGCCGCCGCCGCCGCCGCCGCCGCCGCCGCCGCCGCCGCCGCCGCCGCCGCCGCCGUCACCAGCGGCGCCUGUCUAAGCGCCCUGCGCGAGCUCAUCUGUUUAACGAGGGCGCGAUGA